UUCUUUCUAUCUGUCAUUAGACCACUUGCAGCAAUUCACACCACCAAAUUUACGGACAAAAUGCCCCGAACUAUGCACAUCGAGCUACUCCCCACCGACGCCAACGCAUGGAGUAUAAUCACAAUCCUAGAAGAACUGGGAAUCCCAUACACAACCACCCUACCCAACCGCACAAGCUCAUCAUUCCACCAGCAACUCCCAACCCUCACAGACCCCAGCACAUCCAUCACCCUUUCGCAUACCAGCGCAAUAAUCCAUUACCUCGUUGACCGCUACGACCACCCCCGAGUGAACCUGGGCGCAAGCACAACUACCACGAUCCAAGAGCGGUAUCUCCUGAACCAAUGGCUACAUUUCCAGACCACCUUGCAGGAGGUUCUAUGCUCUCGUGAGGAGCGGAGUGAUAGUGGCAGCGACGAGCCCACAAGUAGACCCCACCAACUCCUCGCAACGCUAGACACCGCCCUGGUCAACAAGACCUGGCUAGUCGGAGAGCGAUGCAGUUACGCGGAUCUGGCGUUCUUACCUGGUUUAAGCCGGGAGCUCUCGCCGGCUUCGGAACAUCUGCUAGAGCGGUAUCCGUGGGUGCGGGCGUGGCGGGAUAGGAUGGAGACGAGGGGAUCGUGGGAGAGGGUACUUUCGGCUUGGAGGUCUCUGCAGAGGGUCGGUGGGGGUGAAAGCUUGAUAGAGAAAGAGGAGGAGAGUGAUUGGGAGGAGAUUGAGGGGGUUUCGGCGUGCUCGGUUGUUACGGAGCGGGAGGAUCAUGAGUUGAGGGUUUUAGUGCCCGUAUCUGUGGCUGUGCCUGCUAGGGCUGGAGAGGAUGAUGACCUGGAGGAGAGGGAGGGCAUGUUGCCGUGUGCUGCUGCGUUUAUGAUGCAGGCGUCGCAGCGGACGGCUGGUGGAGAGGGUAAGGUCGAGCGCCACGAAGAUGAUGACGAGGAGAGAGAGGGCAUACUGCCUUGUGCUGGCUUGGGUGCGCAGAGGCAUUCCACGAUUCCUCCACGGAUGCGGACGGACGAGCUUGAGGAUGAGGAUGAGGAGAGAGAGGGGAUCCUGCCUUGUGGUGCGGCGUUCGCGUUGCAUGCUUCACGUGUGGCAGCGGCGAGUGGGACGGUGGGCGCGAGUGAAGGGGGUGAUGAUGACGAGAAAGAAGGGAUAUUACCAUGCGGCGCUUUUGCCGCGCGUGCGAAGCAGGUAGCCCCGGUCACAACGCAGGUUGAAGAGGACGAUGACGUCGAGAGGGAGGGAAUGCUGCCUUGCGCCGGGUUCGGGAUGCAGACGAAGUAUGAAACUGUCAUUGCAGAGGAGGAUGAUUUCGAGAGAGAAGCCAUGCCGCCCUGCUCCCUCAUUGGGAUGGUAUACUGAGCCUGAGAUGAGAGGAAGCUCCUUCCCACCUGUUUAAAUUGAUACCAAGCGAUACUUAACAAGCAAUAUAAAUGAUUUGGAC